CUUUGGAAAUUCCUCAGAUCGAGGAGGAAUUUGCCUCCAACAUCAUGAUGAUGAUGAUCUGCUUCUUCGACACUACUUUCAGAAAUUGUAUGUAUUCAUCAAAUCGAAGGUGAUCGAUAAAAGUCCUUUUUUUUUUCUCUGUACUUUUUCAGUCAAUGGCGUGUUCACUCAAGAUAUCAUCAUGGAAGCUGCUGAUUGUUUUCUUGUUGGCAUCAAACUCGCAACAUGAUGAUUUAUAUUAUGCCGACGCAAAGCCACAAGUACCAUGUUUCUUCAUAUUUGGGGACUCCAUUGCUGAUAAUGGGAAUAACAACAACCUUAAUACGACUAUAAAAAUCAACUAUCUACCGUAUGGGAUUGAUUUCCCUGAGGGGGCGACGGGAAGGUUUACCAAUGGUCGUACUCCGAUGGAUUUUCUUGCUGAGUUUAUGGGUUUUGACCACUACAUCCCACCAUUCGCCACAGCCAAUGGUUCGGACAUACUUGAAGGCGUCAAUUAUGCAUCUGGUGGAGCGGGGAUUCGCAAUGAAUCGGGACAAUUCGGGGGAGAUCGGAUGAGCAUGAAUAGACAGUUGGAAAAUCACAAAACUACAGUGUCCCGCAUCAUCAAAAUGUUGGGAAAUCGAGAACAAGCCAUGGAGUACCUAAGCAAAUGCAUAUAUGCUGUUGCAAUAGGCGGCAACGACUACUUCAAUAACUACUUCAUUCCAAUUAUCUACCCUACUAAUGCCCAAUUCACCCCAUCUCAGUAUGCCACAGUUCUCAAUCAACAAUUUUCUCAACAAUUAAAGACUUUGCACAAGUAUGGAGCAAGGAAAGUGGCCGUUUAUGGACAGGAUAUGCCACGUUGUACUCUAUUCCUAAAGUCUAUUUGUGCAUUUAAUACGGCUUCAUGUAUGGCCUAUAUGACCAAUGCAAUCACACUUUUCAACGAUGGGCUUAAACCAAUGGUGGCCGGCCUCAGUCACAGUCUACCCGAUGCUAAUUUUAUCUAUAUAAACUAUACUGGAAUUAUGACAAGCAUCUUUAAUUCUCAAGGUUUCAAUAAGAAUAUAAACUUUCCUUGCUGUCAAGUGACUGGGACCGGUAAUAUUUUCCCGUUGAAUUGCAACCGCCAUGGGUAUGUAUGCCGUAACAGGAGCCAAUAUGCAUUCUUUGAUGCCGUCCAUCCUACUGAGGCCGUUUACGAGUUGCAAACGAGAAGAACAUACAGAGCUGAGUCUCCAACAGAUUCUUAUCCGUUUGAUAUCGAACACCUCGCCAAGCUUUAACGUCGAAUUAUCAUCUUCAUCAUCUUCUGCUCUAACUACUUUGAUCAUCUCCUAGUAGUACUGUAGUGUUCACAGUACUUUUAUAAUUUAAUUAUUUUUCAAUUUGCU